GUUUGCAAGUAUCUCAAAUUUAUCUGCCUUCACGACACGUGAUGAGAAACGAGUCAAAUAUUUUGUUGCACGUCGCAAGCAUUGGAAACUGGACUGGCUGUUUGGCAAGAAUUGAUUGGCUGGCAUGCGAGACAGGUGAACUUUCACCCCUCGAUGGAACUUGACUGAAGCGACUGAGAAACUGGAUUCCGAAAAGAAUCAGACUUACUUGAGUCAUUUACAUCGCCAUGUAGGCUUAUAUUCAUGAGUCUACUUCUACUUAGACCUCCGUUGCCGAACGCUAACCGCAGCUUGGGACCGAGAGACAAGUGGCGAGGACUAUUCUUGUCGGAGAAGCAAAAUGCCCUGCCGUUCCACAACGACGAGCGCUAUUACAGAUCACAGAUCCAUCUCUGGCUUCCUCCUCUUCAGAAAAAUUUCUACCACAACAGCCAGUUUCAAAUCAAAGUAAACACAGUCACGAUACCUAAACUCAACCCCUAAAUCCGAACCGAGCUUCGGGUCGGUAAAAGCUCUUGGCAUGGCUAAGACGGGAGGUCUCUUUGUCCGCCCUUCGAAUGACUAUGGAGGUUAAAAGUGUUACGUUAUGCCGAUAUUGCGGGCAUCGAUUGUUGCAGCGCGGAUACUGCUGGAAAGCUUGAUCCCUAGCCUGGACUGGCUUUAUAAGUUUGGAGCUGGAAUUUGCUGACAUUACUCUACUGUUCUCAGUUAUAUGUACCCAAUUCAAGAACACCAACCACCACCACGCACCCACACCCACACCCACACCCACUCAUCACCCGCCCCUCAAUCAUACUUUAAACCACCCUCAUUCUAGAAAUGGAUAUCCUCACUCUCCUAAGCUCCGACGACUACCACACCCGCUUCUUCUCACCAUCAUCAACACCUCCUCGCUUCAACCUCACACCCAAAAACAGACCUGCACUGCACGAUAUCCAGCUCAAUUCCCGAUCACAGAGUUCUUGCGCUGCAUUUCUUGGGCGAGAGUUGAAGCUGAGUGGGGUGGUGGUAAAAACUGAGCCUGGGUGUGAAGUUGUGUUUACUAAAAAUCCAGAGGAUAGGGAUGGAGAUCCAGAUGCGAAUGAGCUGAUGCGUGAGAAAGAUGGUGAAAUCGGUGUUGAACCGGAAGAUUCAGAGAGUUUAGACGGAGAUAUAAAUGGGGACGUUGACGUUGAAGACGAGGUUCAAAAUGAAGACGGAAGUGAUGAAAUGAACAAGAAGAACGAGGCAGCAUACGCAACAAUGUCCGACCUCCAAAUCAUACCUAUACCUCCAUUAACUCCACCAGUACCAGCAGAAGAAGAUACAACCGACAAUAUAUCCAACAUGAGACUUCGAUCUGGCUCAGGACACAGCAAUCGAGAUCUACGGAGCGAUCCGAAACUAAUACUGAAAGCCGAGAAAGAUCCCAACGAGAAUGAGGAGGAUGAUAGGAAGUCUCCACCGAAGAAAAAGCAAAAAAGCAGUCCGAGAAAGAAAUCUCGCAGACCCUCCCAUCUACAACUCCUCUCAGACGAAGAAACUUUAGCACGCCGGCGUCUCCAACUCCGCCGCUCACAAGCAACCUACCGUCUCCGUCGCGAGAUGACGAUAUCCACUCUCCGAGAGGAAGUCUUCUUUUUAGAGGAGACGCAGAAGGAGAUGAGGGGGUUGUUAGUUGGGUUUUGGGGGGAGUUGGGGAGGAGGGGGAUUUUGGUCGGGAUGCGGGGUGAGGAUGAAAGAGGGCAUAGGGAUAGUGGGGUUGUUGGGGGUAUAGAUAGUGGUGGUGAUAAGGGAGGGGUGGACAGAGAAGGAGGGGAGAAAAGAGAUAAGGGUGGGGAGGGAAGGGAGGAUAGAAAUGGGAAAGAGGAGGAGGAAUGGGUAAAGAGGGUUAGGGAAUUCUUGGAGGAUUUGAAGGGUGAGGAAUCGUAGGAAGUCCUACUCCUGCUUUUAGUAAAAGAGGCAGCCCUGACACUCCACUUUUACAUGUAUCUCACAAAGCAAGGUUACACGAACAAAAACAAAGAUCCAAAGA